GACUCUACGGUGGAGAAGUUAUUUUCAAUGAUAAUCAAAUUUUUACUUCAAAAAUCAUCAAAUGGAUACCUCAACAAAUUCUAUAGACUUUUAGUUUCUUUAAACGAAAUUGGCUAUAUAUUAAAUUUAAUGGAAAAGGAGCCACAAAUUGAUAUUGAUAUUGAUUUAUUUGUUACAGUAUCAGAUGAUGUCCAAGAACUUUCAAGACUAAUUCAAAUCAAAAAUAACAGACAACAACCAUUUGAUAUUAACAAGGUUUUAGAAUUUUCGAUGGACCCUGAUAGCCCCAACUUCUCUUUUAUUCAAUUUAUUUUAAACAAUUAUGACGAUUUGAAAAAAAUAGAAUAUUCAACAUUAUUUAACCAAUCUAAUAUAGAAAUUAUAAAUUAUAUUUAUGAGAAUCAUAGAUAUAUAAUAUCAGAACCAACAGAUAAAGAAUCAUUUUAUAAUUUCACAGUCUCCAAAUUUAAAAAUUUAAUAGAUAUAGAAAAAUAUAAAAUUCUCUCCAAAUAUUAUCAAAGUUUUAUUUUAAAUUCCUUUUUCUUCAAAUUUGACCAAACAGUAACAAUCGCUAGUUUAGAUAAACAAAUCAUAAUUGCAAAAAUAUUUAAAUACCUUUAUAAUUUUUAUUUAAAAAAUAAUAAUAAUAAUGAUAAUAAUAAUAAUAAUAAUGAAUAUAUCGAUAGGGCAUAUAAAUAUUUAACACAAAAGUCUAGUGACAAACUUAAAAUAUAUGAGGUGUUAUAUAAAUAAAAUCAUUUUUUUUAAACUUAUUAAAUAAAAAAAUUAAAAUUUUAAAAU